UUGUUUCCCAUUCAUCGAGGGCAAGGCAGCCAUGUCUGACCUGCAGGGAUCCUAUUCUUAUGAUGUUCCCAAUUGCAACUUUGAUGAAGAUGAUAAUAAUAUUGACUCCUGGUUCGAUUCGGUUGCAAAUGUAGAAAACGUCCCUCCAGAGUCGGGUCUGAACCCAGAGAACCCUGAAAGUGAGGACAUGGAACAAGCAGAGAAUGUGGGCACCAUUCAUGGAGGGAGUAUCAAAAAACAGCAGACUCCAAAGUCACAAGCCAGAAGGUCUUCCAAGCGUUUAUCAGCCCAACAGAGGAGCCGCCAAAUGGCAAAAAUCAGGGCUGAGCGAAAGAAAGUGGCUCCCAAGCAAGAGCAACCUCCUAUGAAAAGACCUAAGCUGUCUUCAGCAAGAUGCAAAUCCACAGACACCACAAUCAACAAAGGUCUGUCCACAAGUGUUGCUGAAGGGUCUCCGAAAAAAAGAGCCAAGAUUUUACCCGCCACUCCUACAGUUCUUAAGCGCAAAAUUAUGACACAGAAAGGGAAGAAUUCAGAGGAGCAGGAACUCGAGAAGGUACAGAUGCUUCAGAAGGAAAUGGCUGAGAUGCUGAAAAAGAACGAGGAGUCCCUGAAAUCUGUUUUAGCAGGAGAUCAACCAAUGAAGAAGGUACCCAUUCAGACUACGAAGCCUGUAGACUUCCACUUCUACACUGAUGAACGUUUCAAACGGCAUCCAGAAGAACAGCAAACAGAAUACAAGCAAAUGGAUUUCACUGCUGAACUUAGAAAGCAUCCACCAUCUCCGCACAAAAUGGCCCGUACUGUGCCCAAACCCUUCAACCUCUCCAAGAGCAACAAAAGGAAACACGAGGAAUCCACCAGUGUAGAUUAUACGUCCACUGCUGAGCAAGUGUUGGCCUUCCAGAAAAAAACCCCACAAAGAUUCCAUCUACGCAGCCGGCUAAGGGAGAAUGAAGGACCAUCUCCACUAAAACCACUGAAGGCUAGGGUGACUAUCCCAAAGACUCCUCAGCUUCAGACUAAGCAGCGACAUCGGCCAACAAAUUGCAAGAGUUCAGCUGAGCUUGAGGCGGAAGAACUUGACAAGCUACAGCAAUACAAGUUCAAAGCCCAAGAGCUCAAUCCAAAGGUUUUGGAGGGAGGAUCUCUCUUAACAAAGAAGCCCCCUGUAAAAGAGCCCACCAAGGCAGUCGGCUUUAAUUUGGAAAUAGAAAAACGAAUUCAACAGCGUGAGAAGAAAGAUGUAGAGGAUGAGGAGAUAUUCACCUUCCAUUCAAGGCCAUGCCCAACUAAGAUGUUAAAGGAUGUGAUGGGUGUUCCUGAAAAGAAACAGCUUCCUGUAACUGUGCCACAAUCUCCAGCUUUUGCACUAAAGAACAGAGUUCGUAUGAUUUCCUCAGAGGAACAAAAGGAGGAGCCAGUCCCUAUCAUCAAAGCCAAUCCAAUGCCUUUUUUUGGAGUCCCCUUCAAGCCAAAGUUAGUGGAGCAGAAACCAAUGGAAGCGUGUCCCUUCUCAUUUAGCGAACGCGACCGCCACAGGAUGGAAGAAAAACAGAAAAAACUUGAAGAACUUCGCCAUGCUGAUGCUCCCACAUUCAAGGCUCAGCCUCUACCCGAUUUCGACCAGAUCAGUCUUCCUGAGAAGAAAGUGAAGGAGAAAACCCAACCAGAGCCGUUUAAUUUGGAGAUUGAUAAACGAGGAGAGGCAAAGCUUCAUGUUUGGAAACAUCAGCUUAAAGAAGAACUUAAACAGCAAAAGGAAAUGUCCACGUUCAAAGCACGGCCUAAUACUGUAACCCAUCAGGAGCCUUUUGUGCCCAAGAAGGAAAGCCGACUCUUGACAGAGAGCCUUUCUGGUUCCAUAGUUCAGGAAGGCUUUGAGUUGGCAACAGAGAGGCGUGCCAAGGAGCGCCAGGAGUUUGAGAGGCGUCUAGCAGAGCUGGAGACUCAGAAAAGUCUUAUUGAAGAGGAGGAACGUAGGCGGCAGGAAGAGGAAGAGCAGGAGGAGAUCAACCGGUUAAGACAUGAAAUGGUCCACAAGGCUCAGCCAGUCAGGAAGUUCAAACCCGUGGAUGUGAAAACAAGCGAUAUUCCCCUCACCGUUCCAAAAACCCCUAAAUUUUCUGACAGAUUUAAGAUCUAAAAGUGCAUCUGAUAAUGCAAGUUUUUUUAAAGGUGUUCUAGAGGAACCUGAGAGGAAAACAAAAUACU